AUGCGAUGUAUCACUCCGCCAUCGCUUACGUGUGUUUCUUGUGCGAGAAAUGCAGAAACGAGAGCUAGCUGCGGCAGCUCUAUCGACACUCCUUGGCCCAUCGCUCCAAGUUCACUCCUCUUUCGCUGGUACAAAAGUUUUCUUGAUGAAUGGGAAACGGACCUAAAGGUGAAAUGCGUUCUGGUUGAGGGCAGCUCAUCACGUGCUUUUUCAGCAGGGUAUUCGCUGCUGAAUAUUUGA